UCCAAACCGUUAAUCAGAUCACACCAAAACCUUUUUGAAGAAAACCCAGCAGCCAGCAGCUUUCGACAAUCCACCUACAUCUUCAUACCUCUCAAGCGCCUAGAGAGAGAGAGAGAGAGAGAGAAAUGGGGAUAUUCAUCCUCUUCAAUCCGUCUCUCUCAUGAAAUCCAGGUGAAAUCGAUUUCUAGGGUUUUCUCCGUAAUCAGAACUAGCCCAAGAUCGAGCAGGUUUGGCUAACGCGACUUGUUCGUGCUGUAAAUUGAAUCAACAUGGAGAACCGAGGGGGCGAUCGUGUACCCAUUGACCUGGACAUGACGACUUCAGUGUUGGAACCUGAGAAGACUAGUAGUGGGGGAUUAUUUGUACCUGGGAAAGAUAGACUAGUUUUCAGACCUCCCGAAAGGAAAUCUCUUCUAGGGCUAGAUGUUCUUGCAAAUGUGAAACGUGAUGGACCUAAACCAGAUGGUGCUUUCAAGGUCCCAAGGGAAAGAGUUACUUCAGUUGUGUCCUCUAUGGACGAAGAGGAGAACUCUGCUGCCUCUGGGAUAGAUGAAGUUGGAAGUGACAUACAGAACAGUGCGCGUAACUAUACUGGCAGGAAGUAUCGUGAAACCUAUGCAGGUGGGCCCUCUCAUUCAGGUAGUACUGUCACUGAAGAAAGACAAGUCAGUGACACACCAAGGAGGCAUAACUCGAAAGAAAAUAUCCGUUCUGAGAUAGUAGCUGCAUCUCCAGGAAGCUCCCGAAAUGCUCGAUCUAGGAGCCCAAGUUUUGACACUGGUGACCGUGAUGGAGGCAGAAGCUAUUUCAGGGAUGAUUCAAAAAGUGAAACCAGGGGGACGAGGUGGAGACAUGGCACUGAUAGUGAAGAGCGAAAUCAGGGAGGCGUAUCACGCAGUCGACAGGAAAGAGACCACAAUGAGGAUUAUGGAAAAAAACGAAGCCGAUAUGAAGGUGCAAGGAGGACACCAGGGAGAUCUGACUGGGAUGAUGGAAGGUGGGAAUGGGAAGAUACUCCACGCCGGGAAAGUCAUUCUAAUACCCGCAGGCACCAUCAGCCUUCACCAUCCCCAAUGUUACUAGGGGCCUCUCCUGAUGCACGGUUGGUUUCCCCAUGGUCGGGGGGCAAUACACCACAAUCUGGCCAUUCGUCUUCUCCUUGGGAUGCUAUAUCACCAUCUCCGGUUCCAAUACGGGCUUCUGGUUCUUCUGUUAGAUCUGCUAGUUCUCGAUAUGGUGGAAGGUCCCACCAACUAAGUGUCUCCAGAGAAAAUUCACAUCAAUCUGAGGUGGAUGGAGAAGUGGUUAAGAGCUCUUUCCCUAAGGAUAACAACACAGAGAUCACUGAGAGCAUGCAUUUGGAGAUGGAAUACAAUUCUGACCGGGCUUGGUAUGAUAGAGAAGAAGGCAAUACAGUAUUUGAUGCGGAUAGCUCAUCGUUUUUCCUUGGCGAUGAUGCUUCUUUCAAAAAGAAGGAGGCAGAGUUGGCAAAAAAGCUGGUUCGAAAGGAUGGAACAAAGAUGACACUGGCCCAGAGCAAAAAGUUAUCACAGCUCACUGCUGAUAAUGCUCAAUGGGAGGACAGGCAACUGCUGAGAUCAGGAGCAGUUAGAGGCACUGAGGUCCAGACAGAAUUUGAUGAUGAAGAAGAACGGAAGGUUAUUCUCCUUGUUCACGAUACAAAACCCCCUUUCCUAGAUGGAAGGGUUGUUUUCACAAAGCAAGCAGAGCCAAUAAUGCCACUAAAAGACCCGACGUCGGAUAUGGCUAUUAUAUCCCGGAAAGGAUCUGUUCUGGUGCGGGAAAUUCGUGAGAAACAAAGCAGCAAUAAAUCUCGUCAGCGUUUUUGGGAGCUUGCUGGCUCAAAACUUGGUGAUAUCCUUGGUGUUGAGAAGACUGCAGAGCAGAUUGAUGCAGAUACAGCGGAAGUAGGUGAAGAAGGCGAAGUUGAUUUCAAGGAAGAUGCCAAGUUUGCAACACACUUGAAGAAAGGGGAAGCGGUGAGUGAGUUUGCAAUGUCAAAAACGCUAGCUCAGCAACGACAGUAUCUCCCCAUAUUUUCUGUACGGGACGAGUUACUGCAGGUUAUUCGUGAAAAUCAGGUGAUCGUGGUCGUCGGAGAAACUGGCUCUGGGAAGACAACUCAACUGACCCAGUAUCUCCAUGAAGAUGGCUAUACAACUAAUGGUAUCGUUGGGUGCACCCAACCAAGGCGUGUAGCAGCCAUGAGUGUUGCCAAAAGGGUGAGCGAAGAGAUGGAAACUGAAUUGGGUGAUCGAGUUGGGUAUGCCAUUCGCUUUGAGGAUGUGACUGGACCGAAAACUGUAAUCAAGUACAUGACUGAUGGUGUACUUCUCCGUGAGACACUAAAAGAUGCUGAUCUUGACAAGUACCGUGUCAUUGUAAUGGAUGAAGCACAUGAAAGAUCACUCAACACAGAUGUCCUUUUCGGGAUUCUCAAGAAAGUGGUUGCUCGGCGUCGUGAUUUCAAGCUUAUUGUGACAUCUGCAACUCUAAAUGCACAGAAAUUCUCACAUUUUUUCGGAAGUGUACCAAUUUUCCACAUCCCUGGAAGAACAUUCCCAGUAAAUACUUUGUACAGUAAAACUCCGUGUGAAGACUAUGUUGAAGCAGCGGUGAAGCAGGCCAUGACUAUCCAUAUCACCAGUCCAGCGGGCGACAUACUUAUAUUCAUGACCGGUCAAGAUGAGAUUGAGGCAACAUGUUAUGCACUCUCAGAGCGCAUGGAAAACCUCGUGUCAACCACAAAGAAAUCCGUUCCUAAACUCUUGAUUCUCCCUAUAUAUUCCCAGCUGCCAGCCGACUUGCAAGCAAAAAUAUUCCAGAAAGCUGAAGAAGGGGCCCGUAAAUGCAUCGUCGCUACCAAUAUCGCCGAGACGUCUUUGACUGUCGAUGGAAUCUACUACGUGAUCGAUACUGGCUAUGGUAAAAUGAAGGUGUACAACCCUCGGAUGGGUAUGGAUGCUCUACAAGUGUUUCCAGUUAGUCGUGCUGCUGCUGACCAGCGGGCCGGAAGGGCAGGUAGAACGGGGCCCGGCACAUGUUAUCGUCUUUAUACAGAAAGCGCGUACCAAGAUGAAAUGCUGCCCAGUCCGGUGCCUGAAAUCCAGAGGACUAAUCUUGGGAAUGUGGUUCUGUUGCUCAAGUCUCUUAAAAUCGAAAAUUUGUUGGAUUUUGAUUUCAUGGACCCACCUCCACAGGAUAACAUCCUAAAUUCGAUGUACCAGUUGUGGGUUUUGGGUGCCCUUAACAAUGUUGGAAACCUAACUGAUCUCGGUUGGAAAAUGGUUGAGUUCCCGUUGGAUCCACCACUCGCUAAGAUGCUUUUGAUGGGAGAACAGCUAGCAUGCCUGAACGAGGUUUUGACAAUUGUUUCUAUGCUUUCCGUGCCAUCAGUGUUUUUCAGGCCUAAAGAUAGGGCGGAGGAGAGUGAUGCGGCGAGAGAGAAAUUCUUUGUGCCUGAAUCUGACCAUUUGACGCUGCUUAAUGUUUACCAGCAAUGGAAAGCCAAUGACUACAGGGGAGAUUGGUGUAAUGACCAUUUUCUCCACGUUAAAGGGCUACGUAAGGCUAGAGAGGUUAGAUCCCAACUACUGGAUAUUCUCAAAACCCUCAAAAUCCCGCUAACGUCAUGCGAUCCUGAUUGGGACAUUGUGAGAAAAGCCAUCUGUUCUGCGUAUUUUCACAAUUCCGCGAGGCUUAAGGGGGUUGGGGAGUAUGUCAAUUGUAGGAACGGGAUGCCGUGUCACUUGCACCCAAGCAGCGCUCUUUACGGAUUGGGUUACUCUCCGGACUACGUGGUUUAUCACGAGUUGAUAUUGACAGCUAAGGAAUACAUGCAGUGCGCGACCGCUGUGGAACCCCAGUGGUUGGCGGAGCUGGGGCCCAUGUUUUUCUCGGUGAAGGAUUCAGAUACGUCAAUGUUGGAGCACAAGAAGAAGCAAAAGGAAGAGAAAACAGCCAUGGAGGAGGAGAUGGAGAGUUUGAGGAAGGUCCAGGCGGAGGCGGAGAGGGAGAGCAAGGAGAGGGACAGAGAGAAGAGAGCCAAGCAACAGCAACAAGUGUCGAUGCCGGGGAUGAAGAAAGGUUCUUCCACUUACCUGAGACCUAAGAGGCUUGGUUUGUGAAGGUAACAAGUGUUGUAUCGUAUAGCUGGGCUAUUUCUUUCAGUGGGGAAAUCUUUCUGCUGAUUUCUUUCACUUCCCAAGGGUACUUCAUCAUUCCGUAAAACAAAAAAAACAAAAAAAAAAAGAAAAAAGAAAAAGACAGAAAAUGGAAACCUCAUCAAACAAGAGUGUACAGUGAACGGGUUAAAGAAUGAGGAUAGUGUUGUACAUUGAUAUUCGGGCAUUUAUUUUUUUUACCACUUGACAUUCUUAUUUGACAGUCUUAAGUUUCUGGAGCUUGGCUCAAACAAGGCUGGUUUCUUGAAACUCCUUUUGUGUAUUUCUGAGUUUGGCUUCUCAUAGUGUUCAAAUUUUCCGUUUAAAUUGACGGCAUAAUUUAGCUUUA